AUGCACUUGAAACCUAACGCUGGAGAUAAGGUUCGUGUGCACACCAACGCCAGUCACUGUAAUGUGGAAACCAUAAAUCGUGUAGAGACAAUCGCAUCCUUGUAUCUCCUGACUACGCUGCCGCCGGUGAAGCUUAAAAUUGCAAUGGUUGAUGACGAAUUUGACAAUAGGGACUCCGAACCCGCUGCCGAAACCAGCAAUAGCGGCGCUAUCUGCGCUGAGGAUCCCUCGACUACUGUUAGCGGACCUAGCGCGCAAGUACUUCGACGUUGUCCACUUUCUACCGAAGCGCUGAACGAACUGAGAAGAGACUUGACUAGGUAUGUGGUUUUGCGCCGCAUGUUGGAACAACUCAAGACUGCUCUGGAGCUGAGCAACUGCGCUUGCGACCCUCGCGAGUGUAUUGGUGCAAGACGCCGCGCUGAGUUUGAAGAAUCGCUGGAGAAGAAGAAGUCAAGCGGACUAUAGCUUGGUCACGAUCUCAUUACCAGUUGUGAAUACUUUUUUGUGCUAAUCUUUUUUGUGCUAAGCUGAUUGCCGGUGAUCUCGUUUCUGGUUCUUUCUGAAUAUGAUAUCGUUACCUUGUUGUAUUAG